AUGGCGGCGGCGGGCGGUGCGGCCCAGGAGCCGGAGGCAGAGCCCCCGCCGCAGCGGCGUGGCCUGGCGGAAGGCGACGAGACGGCGGAGCUGGCGGCGGAGCUGGCGGCACGGCGCAGCGCGGAGACGCGGCAGUUGGUGCUGUCGCCGCGGCGGCUGUCAGGCCCGCUGCCCGCCGGGCUGUCGCAGUGGUUCCCCGCUCUAGAGGUGCUGGACGUGAGCGGGACGGGGCUGGUGGAGCUCGGCGCGGAGCUGCUGGCCUUACCGCGCCUCCACACGCUCCUAGCUAAGAACAACCGGCUGGGCGGGCCCGGUUCGCUGCCCAAGGGUCUGGGGCAGGCCGCGCUCGGCCGCUCCCUCCGCGUCCUCAACCUCAGCGGGAACCGCUUCCCCGAGGUGCCGCCCACCCUCUUUGGGCUACGUGGGCUGCGGAGCCUCAGCCUCGGCGGCAAUCGCCUCCACGGCAUCCCGCCCGACAUCCAGGAGCUCCGCAGUUUAGAGUUUCUAUACCUCGGAGGGAAUUUCAUCACUUCAAUUCCACCUGAAUUAGCAAACCUGCCUUCUCUUAGCUACCUAGUUCUGUGUGACAACAAGAUCCAGAGCAUUCCACCUCAGCUAGCACAGCUGCAUUCCCUGCGUUCCCUUAGCCUGCACAAUAACCUGCUGACUUACCUUCCUCGAGAGAUCCUUAACCUGGUUCACCUGGAAGAGCUGAGCUUGCGUGGGAACCCACUGGUGGUUCGGUUUGUCCGUGAUCUGACAUACAACCCCCCAAGCCUGCUGGAACUGGCUGGGCGCACGAUUAAGACUCGCAAUGUUGCCUAUGCUCCCAGUGAUCUCCCUGAGAAUCUUGUCCGGUACCUGAGCUUGGCCAGCAACUGUCCCAACCCUAAAUGUGGGGGUGUCUACUUCGACAGCUGCGUCAGACAAAUCAAGUUUGUUGACUUCUGUGGGAAGUAUCGCCUCCCGCUGAUGCACUACCUGUGCUCCCCAGAGUGCUCCUCUCCCUGCAGCUCUGCCUCCCAGAGCUCCACUUCCCAGAGCGAGUCUGACUCUGAGGAUGAAGCCAGUGUUGCUGCUCGCAGGAUGCAGAAAGUCCUCCUGGGAUAG